AUGCAGGCUCUCGAACGCAUACCCGAAGACCUGCGCCUGCGUCUCGACAAUGUGGACAUUGUCGUGGACGAAGCGCCGAGCAGAGAGCAGCUUGUCGGCUCCGGCAUCGAGCAAGGCAACAUACUGCUGGGGCUAUACGAGGGACUUCCGCUCACAGACCGUUACAACUACGACAUGGUGCUGCCGGACAAGAUUACGCUCUUUCAGCAGCCCAUCGAAUCCAUCUGCGACACGGACGAGGACGUCAUCCGCGAGGUCCAGGACACCGUCGUUCACGAAGUCGCCCACCACUUUGGCAUCGACGACGACCGCCUCCACCAGUUCGGACUUUAG